UCACAGAGUGCUUUCUCUUAUUUCAAAGAUGCUGCUUUUCCUCACUGUCGCCGUUUCAACAGUGGGAGAUUAUUCCCUCUCCGUCCAUCAUUGACGGCAGCGAAUCCCUCGUAUUCUAGGGUUUUCCUCCUCAACCCAGAUUGUCAGUCACUUUCUAAUUUCGAGAACCCCAGAAUGUGAGCUCUAAAAAUGUCUGAAGAUCUAUCCACAGGGCUUCUUCUUUAGCUGUUUUGUGGCACUGACUACAAGCGGAAGUAGCUCAAAAUGGGCGCGCUCUGUUGUGUUGCGGCUGCAGGGCCACUGAAAACAAGAUCACCAGCCAGUGUCGGAAGGGAUAUUUCUUCCCUACGCCACAAUGAUGACUUGCAUUGGCGCAUGAAUCUCAGCUUCUCACCAUCUCGAGAUUCUAGGAACCUUUUCCGACAGGAUUCCGUCAAUGGACCUCAUAGUUCUGCAUUGUUCUUGGGCGGUAGUAGAAGUACCGGUACAGGUCCCUUGUCCGAUCUGGUGUCAGGAAGUAUGCCUGCAAACUUUCAGCAGUCACCAAGGCAGGUGUCUUGGGUGAAUUCAUCUGCUUCUAGAGGAUCAAGAACCAUGACGUCCCAGUUUCCCCUUUCAAAGGAGGAGGAGCAACAAGAUGUUGAUCAUGCACCUACAGCCAUCUGUUCCAGUGUUAAUUCCUCAGUGUCUCCUUCCGAAUCAUCAUCCACCCACUGGGAAUCUACAAGCAAGCAACCCUUCAGCCCUAGCUGGUACUCUUAUCCUCGAGUCUUCUGCAACCCAGUGUCAGAUUGUGAGAAUCAUGAACUCGCAGGUACGAAGGUAGAUUCAUCAACGACUCCUCAACCCAGUUUUACCACAUCCAAAAGAAACCAUCGUCUGUCGCCAUCUCUCUUCCAGCCUCCUAGAUCAACAAAUGAAUUAUCACCGGAACCAAGUACUAGUUCUAGUAGAGAAGAAAUGGAGCUAAAUGUAGAGAUGCUGGAUACAACAGAGUGGAGAAACCAGAGAUAUUCUGGCAGUUCAACGACAACUCAGAAAUGCGGGAUCUGCAAGAAACUUCUGUCCCAGAAAUCUCCAUGGUCCUCUUAUAGGAUAAUGAGAAGUGGGGACAUGCCAGCCGCUGGUAUCCUGCCCUGUUGUCACACCUACCACGUUGAGUGUUUGGAUCAAGUGACCCAAAAGGCUCAAACCAGAGACCCUCCUUGUCCAGUUUGCUCGAAAGCCAUCGGAUCCAUGGAAGAGCCCUUGAUAGUACCGGAAACAUUACAGCUGGCAUUGAGAUCACUCAGAAGAAGCCGCAUAGGCCUGGCAUCAGAAUCACCAAGUAAUCCUUCCAACAACGAUAACAGAAGCCGUGUAAGGAGAAGAAGCCAGCGACAUGCAUGGCUAGGGUGCUGUUUAAAUAUAACUUUCCGGAAGCGGACGUGAACCAAUGCAGUAUUCAGAUGUAUAUUAAUAUUCCAUUUCAUUGGAUAAGACAAAGCAAUAGAAGCGAUGAUCAUUCUUGUAACUUGUAACCCACCUAGUCAGCCAGUUAAUGUACGACAUUGUAUAACAAGGAAUCGAGUACUAUAUAUGUAAGAAAAUCCAGAAAACGUUUAUGUUUC